AUGAGAAUGACUUACAUUUGUGUUAAUAUCUGUAAAAAGGAAUUUAAAUCCAGAUCAGGUCUUUCAAGACAUAAGAGAUUGUUUCACACAGAAAACCAACUAGGGUGUGGAAUAUGCACAAAAACCUACAAGUCAAGAGAUGCUCUACGACGACACGAGAGAACAGUGCAUCAGGCUUAUAUCAGAUUGUUCAAAGUUGAAGAAAAAAACAAAUUUCACCCAGCUUCAGAUCAAGGACAACUGCUUUUAGAAUCAGCUCAGUCAAAGAGAAAACCCGCAUGUUUAGUCAAAUUAAAGGAACUUGCAACUGACCGGCAAUAUUUGUCUAGCUUGAUGGAGAAAUAUGCAGAUGUUUCUAUUGUACCAAUAAUAGUUCAGGAUAAAUUGAAUACUGAAUUGUCAAGAUCCUUAAAUUUACCAACCGAAGAAGAAAUGACAACAAUAUUUCAGGAAACUGAGCAGUUUGAAACUAAUGAUUUGAACAGUAUUUAUAUAGAAAAGGACGGUGACGAGGAAUUAGAUAAAGAUUAUAUUUAA